AUGCUGGAUCAAAAUACGGAUGAAGAAUUAGAACAUUCUGAGUAUGAAUUUGCAAUCCCACCAAAAGGACCAGUUAAAAAUUUCACAAAGCGACAUGAAGAACUUGCAAAUUUAUUAAAAAUUCCCCAAGAAGAUCAUUAUUUAAGAUUCAUAUUUAAAACUGUUAUAGCAUUAUGUGAUCCUUUUACACAACCAGAAGAAACUGAAGAUAAUAUUUUAGGAGUUAAUUGUAUAUCUGAUUUAUUAAUCUUUUUUGCUUAUGAUGAAUAUGAAUCUGAAUAUGAAACAGAUUUAAUAGAAUUUAAUUCAAUAAAAUUUGAUAUAACAACUAAAUUUUUUUUAAUUUUACAAAAAAUUCAUGAAAUUUUAAAUGCAAAUGAUGAAUUAAAUUUAAGAUUUCUUGAUAAUUCAAAACUGAAUUGGGAAAAUUCAUUACCAAAAUGGACUCCCAUAACAGCACUUGUAAAUAAUGAUUAUAAUUUAAAAUUAAUUUAUUCAGUAGCUUGUGUUUUAAUAAUGUCAAUUCAAAAAUUAUGUUAUAAUGAUAAUGAUAAUUUUAAUUUACUGCAAAAUCCUUAUUUACAUUAUUUUUUAAAAUUAUGGAAAUGUCAUACAAAUAUUAUAUUAUUAGGUCUUGAGAUUGAUAGAAGAAUUGAAUUUCAAAAUUUAGAUAAAAAUUUAGAAAUUAUUACACCUCCCAUAAUAUUAAAAGUUUUAAAAGGUUCAAGUUCAAUAAGAUAUGUAUUAGCUUAUGUAUUAAAUAUGAAUCCAUCACUGUCAUUUGAUGAUGAUGAAUUAUUUAGUAUAUGGUCAAAUAAACCAUAUAUUGAAGAUUAUAUUGAUUUAAAUGAUGAACCAAUUUUUAAUUUUAUUCAACCUUUAGCAAGAUCAAUUGCAAAUGGUGGUGCUUUAUCAUUAGAUAUGAGAUUAGUAAUGAUAGCUUUACUUAUUAUAUAUUCUGGAACUUCAUUUACAACUGAACAAUAUUUAACAAAUAAUGAUACCCCAUCAAAGAAUAAAGAACAUGCAAGUAGGAAAUUAAAUCGUUGUAAUAAUAUUUCUGAAAUUGGUGAUAUUUUAAUAGAUUUGGAAUAUGCUGAUAGAUUUGAUGAAGAUAUUAAAUAUAUGUUGGAAGAAUAUGAAUGUGUUGAUGAUGAUGAUGAUGAUGAGGAGGAUGAAGAUGAUGAUGAUGACGAUGAGAGUGAUAUGGAGGAUGUUAAUGGGAUUGAUAUGGAAGGCAUUUAUGACGUAAUUAAAAAUGAUGAGAAUAGAGCAAAAAAGAAUGUACUGCAACGCACAAGUGAGAGCAAAGAAGAUAAUGAAGAAACUCAUCUGAAAAAUCAAGAAUUAGAAAACAUAAAUAUCCAAUUCGAUGAAUAUGGAAGAGAUUGGAGAGAUAUACCGAGAGGAGGAAAUUCACAAAUGAAAGAUGCAUUUUCAAGACUUUUUGAAAUAGUAGAUACAUUUCCAAUUAAAAAUCCUGAAGGAGUUGCAUAUAUGAAUUGGGAUCGUUUUCAAACUUAUUUAGAUGAUAUAUGUAUUAAAAAUAUUGAAUCUGAUCCUUCAUAUGAUCCUAAUAUUGGUCAAGUUAUAAUAAAUACAAUUUCAAAAGCUAUAAAGGAUGAAGUAAACAACAAGAAACCAGAAAUUACAGCUGAUAAAAUUUUUAAAUAUUUUAAAUCUCCUGCUACUGAAAAUCAAAUAAAGAAAGUUCAACAAAGUAAUAAAUCUAUUAUUCCAAUUUUUAAUAUCACAAAAUUUGAAUUAUUUUUACAUUAUAAUACUGAAUUAGCAAGAGCUAGUAUGGAUGAAUUAUUAAUGUGUCCUGGAAAAAGAAGAUUAAUUAUUUGGUAUUUAACUCAUAAUAUUAAUUUAUCAAAUGUUUUAGUUGAUUAUAUUUUUCAAUUAGCAGCUGGAUUAAGAGGUAUACAAGAACUCAAUAAAUUAUAUAUGUUCACUAGAAAGGGAGAUAAAGUUAUAUUAAGUGAUGUAGAACAACUGAUGUUAUUACAUGAAUUUUUUACAACUAGUGCAUUUUAUUUAUCUGCAAAUGAUGGAUUAGAAAUUGAAGAAGGUUAUGAAGUUGUUUUAGCCGAAUCAAUUGCUAAGAAAUUAAUGAGUAUACUUUGUUUAAUGAUUAAUCAAUUAAUUAAAUUGAAUGUAAUAAAAAUUCAUAAAAAAUUUAGUGAAAAAGAUGAUAUUUUUGAUUAUAGUAAUGAAUUACUGAUUUUAUUAAUUAAUUGGAUUGGUAAAGUACCUGAAGCAAGACAAUUAUAUUUUAAAUUGAAUCACAUUAAAGAGGAAGAAAUUGAAGAAAUAUCUAAUGAAAUAGAAGAUGUACAAACCACAACAAAGGAUGAAUUAGAAUUAUUUAUGAAUUAUGAUGAAAUGACUACAAAUGAAGUAAAUCAAGAUUUAAUUAAAAAUCCAUUUCAUAAAAAAAUUGUAAUGAACUUUGCCAAAAAAAUCGAACAAGAUUUAAAAUCAAUAUAUAUUAAAGAUGAAAUCGUCAAUUCAAGAAAUUUAGAUGAAAUUGAACAAGAUUUUAGAAUUUUUAUAAUGUUUUUUAAUUCUUUAUGUAAAAUUGAAGAAUUAGCUGAAAAAUUAUUUGAAAUUACUGAAGCUGUUAUAAGUAGUGGUAAUGUUUCAUUAUUUGGUCAAAUUUCAAAACCUGAGAUUUUAAAUAAUAAUGAUGAAAAAAAAAUUAAUAAAGAUGAUAAAAAUGAUAAAAAUGAUGAAGAAAUAGCUGAAUUUAAUACAGAUUUUUUAAAUGGUGAAGGUAAAUUUAAAGAUAAAAAAUCACAAUCAUCUAAGAGUAAAAACAAACACAAGAAGAAAACUAAGUCAAAACGAAGGUAA